UAUCAAUAAGUGAGGUAGCUGUGGCACAAUGGAGGGGCUGAGAGGAGCCGAGAUGUACGAAAGAGAUAUAAUUUUAUAGCAUUGUGUAACUUCUUGGACUGUGAAAUUAUUUUAACAGACUAAGGAUGGUGCAGAAAUAUAAUUCACCCGUGAGGGUGUAUAAAUACCCAUUCGAACUUGUCAUGGCGGCAUAUGAAAAGCGUUUCCCGACCUGCAAGAUGAUUCCAGUAUUUCUUGGGAGUGAUAUCCUAAAUGAGUUCCGGAGUGAAGAUGGGUCCGAGCAUGUGGUAGAGAGAAGAUGCAGACUCAACGUGGAUGCGCCUUACCUUCUGAAAAAGAUUGUUGGCGUUGACCAUGUGAUUUUCAUCCAGAAGAAUACCCUCAAUCGUAGAAACAGAACUCUUACAAUAGAAGCUAACAACGAGAGUUUUUCAUCGAGGAUAAUCAUCAAUGAAAACUGUCAUUACUCUGUUCACACAGAAAAUCCUAUGUGGACAUGUUUUGAACAAGAUGCCAGCUUGGACAUCAAACACUUCUUUGGCUUUGAGAGCACUGUGGAGAAGAUAGCCAUGAAGCAGUACACACAGAACAUCAAGAAGGGUAAAGAGGUGAUAGAGUAUUACAUCAACGAGCUGCUGUCUCAGGGUAUCACCUACAUUCCCCCAUGGACCGACCCCAAGUUGAAGGCAGUGGCAGUAGAGGAUGCCCCAUCUCAGGACAGCGGUUUACGGAGUCGCUCUGACAGUGUCAGCAGCCAGCACAGCCAACACAGCCAGGCCAGUCUCAUCCUGGGGGCCACUGCCGCUACUAUACACAGGGGCAGCAUUUCAUCACCAGAGUCAGAAGUGACGGAAGUGCGAGUGCCGCCAGUGGAGCCACGUGGCAAGUUAGAUGACGACUACAUACAACGUUUCCUUGGCGCUCUGACACCAGUGGAGGAGAGUCAACUUAUCACACUCAGACAGUGGCUCCAGAAGACACACAAGGGGAAGAUCCCCAAAGAUGCCCACAUACUGAGGUUUCUGCGGGCAAGGGACUUCAACGUGGAGAAAGCCCGUGAGAUGCUGGUGCACUCACUUGCCUGGAGGAAAUUACACAACAUUGACAGGCUUUUAGACACAUACGAAAUACCUCCCGUCAUCAAGAGAUACUACCCUGGUGGAUGGCAUUACUGUGAUAAAGAGGAUCGCCCCUUGUACAUUCUGCGGAUGGGUCAGAUGGAUGUAAAGGGUUUGAUGAAGUCACCCUUCUACAAUGAUAGUAAUGAAGAGAAAAAUAUGUUGAUAAAUCAUAUUAGGGGUAAUUUCAACUUUAUUGACUUGCAGAAACUGAUUCAAGUUCCACAGAAAGGAUGUGUGAUAACCUGGGACUUUGACAUCCUCAAGGGAGAUGUGACAUUUACUGUGUUCCGGUGUCGGGCGUCACGCUCCACUGACCCCAUUCAUCAACACCAUGUGAGCAGUGCCACUGGGGGUAUCGGCUCUGUUCAGUACAUCGACAAAAGCAUGGUGGUGGGAGUGGAUAUCAGCAUCAUGGAGCCACCCCAUAUAUGUCGGGACGGAGACAGUGUCCAGGGCACCCAUGUCACCAGCCAGGCUGGUAGCUACAUUCUCCAGUGGAAAUACUUCGACUCUGCCAAGGCCAGUUUUGACUUCCCGCUCACCUCACACAAGUCAAAGGUCAUGUACUACACAGAGUUGUUGCCUUCAGAAGCAUUCAGAGGGUCAAUGAGCAGCCUGCAGUCAUGUCAGAGUGGCUUCUCAUCCCUCAGUAUUGGCACAAAUCACAGCAGCCAGUCGGGAGCCAGCUCCUGUCCCUCCAGGAGGAAUCACUUGUUAACAAUACCGUCUCAAAUCCGGAGAUGACAAGAGCAAACUGACCAGCAGGAGAUGGACACAGCAUAAGACUAAACAGCAUUUAGUGUCAGUCGACCAAGCAGCCAACGCACAGUCCGUGACAUAGCCCCCAGGGCUUGUUAUAGCAUUGGACAGCAGUAGCAUUACAAUCAGGGAACUUCCAUGUCUGACUUCCUCCCUUUCUAAGUCAACGCCCCCUCCCCCGAAUUCGCACAUAUCAGCGUUUCAUGUCAGCAGAGGUUUACACCUGUUUCAGUUGUCUUGGGAUUUGGGUUUUCUUUCUUGUUUAACAUCACAUUCAGCAAUAUUCCAGCAACCGGUAUAUAGAAUUCGUGUUGAUUCAUCAAUAUGACUCCAACAUACAAGCAAAAUCUGUUAUUUAUAUAUUAAGUUUCACUUAUCAAAUUUUCAGAUACAUUUAUGUAUGUAUGAGAUAUGCUUAUUUGUGGUGAAAGCCAGCUCAAAAUGAAAAUAAAAAAUUAGACUGCAUCGAUGUCAUAGAUUUGAGAGUCAGUGCAAAAAGAAAACAGUACAAAAGGCUUCAUCAUUGUCACAGAUUUGUUCUCCUAAGACAACUAAAUUGCUCAUAAAUUAGCUGUAUAUAAGGCACCUAGAGAUGGAUACAGAACUGAAGCGUAUUUACAUGUAUGACUAUGUAAAAGAUUUACUAUUUUACUUGGGGUAUGAACAUAGUGUGUUUUCAUUGUCAAGCAAGGUUUCCUGUGGAAUUGAAUUUUGAACAGUAUCACUAAAAUCAGAUCUUACUGCUCACUACACAGUCAGUAGCAGUAGAGAGCACUAAUAGUUGAUUUUGCUGAGAUUGGAAUUUUGAAUGGAACAUGUAGAACAAAUGUGUGUGUCUGUAUGAAUGUGUAGGUACAAGUCGUGUUCCACAUCAUUGAGACAUCCUCCUGAUGAUGUCCACAUCUCGUAGACAUAUCACCUCAGAUAGUUUACAUACAGCCACUGAUUUAUUGACUUGCCAUAUGUAUUUAUCUCCUGUUUAGUACAGUGGCUGAAGUGAGGAGGGUUUUUUUGGCUGACUUCUGUCUUUAUUUGAUCGGCUGCAGUAUUUACUUACAAUGGCCUGUCUUUAGUUUUGUGCGUAAGAUAAUUUGUUUACACCUUGAGGGUUUGUUUUAAGUGUAUUUUGUCAGCAUGGUGUAUUGAAAGCUGAUGGACAUUGAUGAGAUUUGCAUGCAAAUUGGCAAACUCCAUUGUCAUCAAGAGAUUGCUCAAUGGACAAGAUCACUCUAGAAACAGUGAAUCUCAACACUAUUAUUUUAGUAGUUCUUCUCAUUCAAUGUUGGUGCAUGUCUGAAGCUUCCAUAUGUUCCUCAAUAUGGCUGUUUAGCACCAUGCAACACCAUGUUUGAGAGCUCAUUGAGUCAGAACAUGCACUUCAUGUUUGCCAGUUGAAAUCAGCAUGUAUUCAUCCUAUUUCUUAUUGAACAAGUUGAACAUUCUAAUACCUUUGGGGGUAAAAAUGUUUAUUUCUAGAGCUGCAGAAUGUUUAUGUGCACAGUUGUUUCCCCUCAGCCGUGGCAGGAUGUGCUGCUUAUGAAUCCCAGAUUCAGCCUGAUUAUGAUGCUUGGUCAGUCAGCAAAACCUGUGAUUGAAAGGUUAACAUCUAUGACGUACAUCACUUUAAGUUUCCCUCUGAGGUCAAUCUGCAAUGCAGUGAAUGAAAUACUUUGAUUGGGCAGUUCCAUGUUAAAUGCUUGUAUGCAUAGUGAAAAAGAAGUAUAGACAUGAAAGAAGAGAAAUACUCUCAUAUCUGUCAUUUGAUUUACAUUGUGUCAAGCUGAAGUAAUUCAACCACUAUAAACCUGAAACAGUUGCAGUUCCAGAUGUCAAGAGUUGAGAAUUCAACAGCUGAUGGAAUUGUGUUCCUACAUUUCCUCAUUGUUUAAGGUGUUCCCUUAUCAUUUAGAUCUUGAUAGUAGCACUUACAGCAGCAGCAGCAGCAUCUGUUUAUGCAUAAUUGGGUUCUAUGUUUACAAGUUUUUCAAUGUCUGUGAAUGUCUGGUGAGUAUCAUGGAAAUUUUAAAACUUAUCCCAUCUCACGACUUGCACCUAUCUCUCUUGCUUCAACUUUUAGUGGAAUGACUGUAAACUUUUUCCCAUAGGCCUCCUUGUCCAUUCGCCUGUGCACUCCAUGCUGCUCUCCUUAAUUAGC